CCUCCAAUCACUGAAGGCAUUGAAAUGACGCAACAAUACUUCCUUCCGCAAUGUCGUCUGCUCUUUCAGUGAUUCAUUCAACUUUUUGGCUUUUCAAAAACUUCUCAGAGUUUUCCCUUCGUUUGAGUGUACUCUGCUAAAAUGCCAGUACUCUUACCAACGCUUGGGUUGCUUGAUUGGACGCUUGAUGAGGUCUGAGCCAUUGAUGUGAAAAUCCAGAAGAUUCUAACAAGCGCACAUAAUUUUCACAUCGACAGUACGUAAACCGCCUCUACCUAAAGCGAAAACAAGGCGACAGAGACUUAAUAUCGAUCCAAAGUUGCAUUGAAUGUCGUAUCAUAUCCCUUCGGCAACAUCUUUUAACCAUCAAGCGUGGAAGUGCAUCCCUGAUCUUACCAAGCAGUUUCGCGCUAGGCAUUCAACAGAGUGUUAGGUAACAAUCUAAUUAUGUAACCGUACGCUCAUCAGAGUUCAUUGCAGUUUGUUUAAGACGUGAGCAAUCUUAAAUCUGUUAUCGACGUUUCCGGACCUUCACAGACUCCUCUUCAGGAUCGUUGGUUAAAUAAGACACUGAUAACACAGACGAGUCACAAACGAAAAUAACACCUGGAUCAUGAUGCAUCAGUCUCACGGCCAGAGUUCAACCCCGGCGGUAAUGUCUCCAUCCGGGUUUCUCAAAGUGGUCCAAGUGGACUUCUAAGAGAUAUUUUGGUUGCUCGUCUGUCUGUUUGUCAUUUGAGACAUCGCCUUUCAUGAUGAUGGCUACACUGAAAGUCCCGCCUUUGGCCGUUCCAAGUGCCUACAUGAAAAGAGGGCCACACCUAUCAAGUUUAGAGUCUUGCAGUGGAUCUGUAGAUUUAGCAAACUCAAACAAAAAUUUGAUUGACGUAAAGCAGACGACAGAAACAUUGAAACAAGCCAAUGGCAUUGGAUCAUGUCUGGAUAAUAUCGCUUUUGAAAUUGAAGACGAAAUUUCCAAAAUAGAAACCAAAAACGGUUUUGCUCCUUCUAUCAAAUCGACGCCCGAUAAUAGUUAUUCUGAUGCCAUCGCAUCCACUUCAAAGGACGAGAUAUGUUUCACCAUCACCGGAAGCAAUAACAACGAAAGUAUUAGCAGCAGUGGUGACACCCAGCGGAAAGAACCGGACAUUUCCGCAAAUGAUUCAACCAUUACAUCACGGCGGAGUAAAAAUGUUCAAAUUUUGGAUUUUUCAAACAAAAAGGAACCACCGAAACAAAGUUACCUGAAGAGGUUCCAGCUUCACUUUAUGGUCGCCAUCACGUUUCUGUUCAUCAUCGGAAACCUCAGCGCAGUGUGGCACUUUCACGAAGAAGAAAGACUGGCCAUCAAAAUGGGACAGCGCAUCUCCUUCGACACAUCCAGUCGUGUUCUUACAUUCAAAGAUGCACCCUGGAGGUCGCAGCAGUUCAAAGGUUAUUUGGCAAACAACAUACCGAAAGGAUGGCUGCCGCUCGACUGUUCAGCCGACAAGAAGAAUGUGUCAAAGAUGUGCAUGCGCUGGAAAGGAAUUGCCAGAGUGAAUUUGGAAUAUCAUCGAGUGGGAUCUCUGUCCUGUUUCAAUGUGAAGUGGGACGCUGACAACAAGAACGAAGUUCUUCGAGAUUGUUACACCAGUAGCCUUGAUUGGUUUGGGUCUUCAAACACAGGAGAUUUCCAAUGGCCUCUUCAAAAUGUUAGCUAUUCCCAUUCUCCCAAUUUUACUUUCAAUGACGUUAACACAUUUGGUCAUCUGUCGGAACAUUUUUGGUUGUCGUCAAAUGGUAUUGCUAUCCUCUUGAACGAAUCUACACCUUUUCACGUAUCUUGGAAGAAAACCAACGUGAUGGAGAUGUGCAUUAACUCCAAUUCGAAUUCGAUAUCUGCAACUGAAAAUCGGAUGCUUGGUUCUUCAGACAAGAUAAUUGAUAAACCAAACCCGAUUCUUCGCUACCGAAUAUGUUACGGUAGAAAUAUUAUGGACACUUAUUCUGUUGUCAGGAAGUAUUUCUCGAGAAAUUCUACUAAAAAGUGGCCCAAUGUGAAAAUGUUUGAGCAUCCACAUUGGAUCGCAAAGGAUGCUGGGAAUGAAUUAGCAUCAAUGUCGACUGUCAUUGGUUUGGCCAAAGAAUUGGCCAAAAGGAAUUUAUCAUGUUCUACAAUGGAAGUGUUUGGGAAAUGGGAGUCUGAAUAUGGUAAUUUAGAAUUUAAUGAGAUUCACUUUGGAAAUAUUUCUAAUUUGACGGAUCAGUCAUGUGACCUAAUGCUACCAAUUAGACCAUAUGUUCACCAUAAUUCGCAAAGAUUUAGCGAAGGAAUUGAGAAGAACUAUUUUAUUAUGGACGCAGGUGGUCGUGUUCCGGGACUGGUGAAUUGGAGCAACGGGGUAGGGGCCAUGUUAGAUGCUUCACAUACCCCAGCUGUCGACUGGUUUAUGCAAAAACUAAAACAACUCCAACUCCUUAAUCGAAUCAGUUCCUUUCAUUUUACAUACGAUGGCAACAUGUCUCUUCCUUUCCAACCCCACUUCAAGAGAGGAUUUCAUUCCGGAGAUCUGAAUCAGCGUUUCUCAGAGAUUAUGGGAGCGUUCAGUGAUGAGGUGAUCGUUGAUCACGUGUCUCACUCUCAAAAUUCUUCAGUAUUUGUCACAGUUCAGAGCCUCAUCGUCUCAAAUGAUACUUCGAUAUGUUUUACAAAUCUGAUUGAGAAAUCCUUUGUGUUGAGUAUUUUAGGAUACCCUUACAUAAUGUCGGACGGGAUAUCGUUUGGCGACGGAACGAUUUCAAACAAAAUUCCCAACGAAAUAGUCUAUCAACGAUGGCUUCAGGCUUCUAUAUUCUUCCCCGCCAUUCGGUUUUCUGUGACUCCUUGGUCUUAUUCUGAAUCUGUUGUAGAAAACAUUAAAAAAUUGCUUGCUUUUAGACAAAAGACAGUCAUCCCAUAUUUGAUGGGAUUAAAAAAUGAUACUCUUGCAGGGGUACCUUUUAUUCGACCCAUUUGGUGGUCUUACCCAAACGAUUCCAAUUCACUCGCAAUAAAGGAUCAAUAUUUAGUGGGUGACUCUAUAUUGGUGGCGCCGUUGUUUUGCGACCAACCGUCACACAGGAACAUAUAUAUCCCGGCAGGCAUCUGGGAAGACGUCAAUAAGAAAAAAGUGGUUGACGGUCCUAUGUGGUUAGUUAAUUAUAGCAUCAGUAUCACAGAAGUUCCGUAUUUCUAUAGAAUGCCACAACACAAAAGAGUCGGUUGAUCAACUUUGCUAUUUUAUCUUCAACGGAAAUAAUCUCCACAAAACAUAAAAUAAGAUUUCGGCCAUCUUGUUUCACCGAUUCGGACAUACAAAAUAAAAGACUAUCUUAACAGAUCUCUACCAAAUCUCGACAGAUAAUGAUAGUUUAAGGACCGUUUGUUAAUUAAAUGGGGUUUCUUGCUAUAGGAACUAUUGUUAUCUUGGAUGGAGGAGGCAGGGGAAAGACCUGCCCCGGGUAAGAUACGAAUCAGUGUGUCUGUCUGUCCGUCAGCCAGUCUGUCUGUCUGUCUGUCAGUCAGUCUGUCAGUCUAUCUGUCUGUCUGUAUGUCUGUCCGUCGGUUACCUCGUUGUAGUGAUGUUUUAUCCGAAGUUUAAAGGAGAAAAAUGGAAGGAAAAGGCAGUUCAUACAAUCUGUGUGUGUGUGUGUGUGUGUGUGUGAUAGAGAGAGAGAGAGAGAGAGAGAGAGACAUAAAAGAGUCAAGGAAUAAAAAAGAGAGAGAGGGGGAGAGUGAGUGAGUGAGAGGGAGAGAGAAAGAGGGAGAGAGGUGUAGUACGAAAUAUAAAUAUUCUACAUUAUUGUUCCACAGUAAACCGCCAUCUUGUCUCGGUUCAGUUGAUGAUUUGAGUUCGCGAGUAGAACUCUCCUGUAAUCACACUGGUGCAUAUAUUGUAAUACAGUGGUACAUACAUACAUACAUAUAUGCAUACAUACAUACAUACAUACAUACAUACA